AUGUACUCAAACAAAAACGAAGGACCACGUAGAGGAAGAUCUUUUGACUCCAUGAACAUUGGUUUAGAAGAAAAACUGCUGAACAAUGAGAUAAACAAAUCCACCUUCACAAAAAUUGAAGAAAACACUGAAAAAAAGAAUACAUCAGAGAAAGGGAGAGCUACAAUCAUCUUUUCCCUCAAGAAUGAAGUGGGAGGACUAGUAAAGGCGCUCAAACUCUUCCAGGAAAACCAUGUCAACCUUGUACACAUAGAGUCCAGAAAAUCCAAAAGACGCAACUCUGAGUUUGAAAUCUUUGUGGACUGCGACAGCGACCACGAACAACUGAAUGAAAUAAUCCAGCUGCUUAGUAGCCAUGUGAACGUGGUUGAUAUGAAUCCUCCAGAUAAUUCCUGUAUAGAAGAGGAAGAUAUGUCUAACGUACCUUGGUUUCCUAAGAAGAUUUCGGAUUUGGACAAGUGUGCAAACCGUGUCCUGAUGUACGGUUCUGAGUUGGAUGCGGAUCAUCCGGGUUUUAAGGACAAUGUCUACCGGAAAAGGCGAAAGUACUUUGCUGAUCUCGCCAUGGCCUACAAACAUGGGGAUCCCAUUUCUCGGAUUGAGUUCACAGAGGAAGAAGUGAAGACGUGGGGAGUUGUGUACAGGGAGCUCAACAAGUUGUACCCCACCCAUGCCUGCCGGGAAUACCUGAAGAACCUGCCACUGUUGUCCAAAUACUGUGAAUUUAGAGAGGACAACAUUCCUCAACUGGAAGAUGUGUCACGCUUCCUCAAGGAGCGCACUGGAUUCACCAUCAGGCCUGUGGCUGGUUAUCUGUCCCCUCGUGACUUCCUCGCUGGUUUGGCCUUCCGUGUUUUCCACUGUACCCAGUAUGUGCGGCACAGCUCCGACCCCUUAUACACCCCAGAGCCGGACACAUGCCAUGAGCUGCUGGGUCACGUCCCGCUGCUGGCAGAGCCCAGCUUCGCCCAGUUCUCUCAGGAGAUCGGUCUCGCUUCCCUCGGGGCCUCAGAUGACUCUGUUCAGAAGCUGGCCACAUGCUAUUUCUUUACGGUGGAGUUUGGCCUAUGCAAACAAGAAGGGCAGCUGCGAGCAUAUGGAGCAGGACUGCUGUCAUCUAUCAGUGAGCUGAAGCAUGCACUUUCAGGCAAGGCAAGGAUAAUGCCUUUUGACCCCAAAGUUACAUCCAAACAAGAAUGCAUCAUCACAACAUUUCAGGAUGUGUACUUUGUGUCAGACAGCUUUGAGGAGGCCAAAGUCAAGAUGAGGGAGUUUGCCAAGACCAUCAAGCGUCCCUUCACAGUCCGAUACAACCCUUACACCCAGAGUGUGGAUGUGCUGAAGGACACUCCCAGCAUCAACAGCGUGGUGGAGGAGCUUCGGCACGAGCUUGACAUCGUCGGUGACGCCCUCAGCCGGCUGAACAAGCAGCUGGGAGUCUGACUGCACAUAUUUUAAAGUGUAUGACCUACAGUCCAUCAACGCUCACCGUGUCCCCACCCCAAGCACUGCUGUAGAGAUACUUCUGUUGUAUCGACUUUCCUCAGUACAAUGAAUGUGUACUGCUUUUGGCAAUAAGCUCUGCUGUCCUCACUGCAUGGUAUAUGGCUUAUACAAUUUACAGAGACACAUUAGGUAUGUUUGGCUGCUGAAAUCAGUAAAUUGCACAAACCCAAAGAUCUGCUUAACCUGAGAAAUUGCUUUGCUUCGGUUUUAAAUAGCUCAACAACCGCUUCUGUAUUGCAAACAGGCAACGCAACCUUUUAAAACAUCCCCAGCUGUGAUAAAUGCAGUUCAGUCAGAAAACUCACGUGUUUCUUUAACAUGUUUAUUAGAAGCAGCAUAGUUGAGUUUGGCGUCUAGGCUCGGG